AUGAAUUCAAAGCACGCCUCUGCGUUUCUCUUUUUCCUAUUACUCUUUGCUCUUCCUCGGUCGAGUCGCUCCGACUAUUCUCCCCCGGAAUGCCCUUACCCGUGCCUGCCGCCGCCAACAUUGGGGACGAAUUACCCUCCGCCGCCACCCUCGGAGCCGACAUGGGGCGGCUACCCUCCGCCGCCCGGGACGCCGUCCUAUGACGGAUACUAUCCGCCGCCAUCAGGAGGCUACCUGCCUUACUAUUCUCCGCCUGACUACGCGCUGCCUGCACCUCCGCCGCCGAACCCCAUCGUUCCUUGGUUCCCUUUCUACCGCAGGGGCCCAUCGCUGCCCCCGUCGUCUGCUUCCGCUGCCGCUGCCGCUGCCGCUGCCGCUCGCAGCGGUGCAAUCUUUGCCCCCUUGCUGACGGUGUUCCUCUCGAUUCUUCUUGCGUAA